GGUCUCUGUUGAGAGAUUUCCUGGUAGGCUCGUGUAGCUUCGAGGGUUUGUUUACAUCCAACUCAUCCUAGGUGGGGGCCGCUGACAGCUAUUUUAUAGAGAAACAAAAAACGGAUCACCAACGUGUUUUUAAAAAAAGAUAUACGAGGUGUUACGAGCUGCUCCAUUGUCUCGUACAGGGACACUAGCUGGUCGCUAGCAUUAUGAGUGGGGCUGGCAGCAGUGACAGCGGGCUUGACCUGUCUGGAAAACUCAUCAUAAAGGCUCAACUUGGGGAGGACAUCAGGAGAAUUCCCAUUCACAAUGAAGACAUGACCUAUGAUGAGUUGAUCCUCAUGAUGCAAAGGGUGUUUCGCGGUUCAUUAUCUACAGACGAUGAUAUUACCUUGAAGUAUAAAGAUGAAGAUGGAGAUUUGGUGACCAUUUUUGACAGCUCGGACCUGGCCUUUGCUAUUCAGUGCAGCCGUAUUCUGAAGCUGACUAUACUCCUGAAUGGCCAGCGGGGCAUGGCACAGGGGUCGCGUGUGUCUACCAUAACUGUGAGACGAGAACUACGUGCCAUUCGUGACAGAGUAACUGCUCUUCUGGAUGCCUUGGAUGUUACAACUGAAGUGACUCCCAGAACUAUCUUUGAAGCCGACACAGGUGUGAGCAGCAGCGUAACUGCUGCAGCAUCCCCAGCACCAGCAGCAGCCAUGCAGCUGAACAUUUCAUCAAAGGAAUUUGAUCCAUUGCAGCAAACUGAACAACAGCACCAACAGGUCUCUUCUGCCAGUCAGCCACAUCCACCAGUUAGCACCCCAACUCAUACCACCUCUGCAUCCAUCCAAAGUGACGGUGAGGUAUCUGUGCACCAAAGUACCAAGCAGGGAGAGGGUAGUACUAAUGCAUCCGGCAGCUCGACUCCAGCCCCAUACCAGCAUGUUCAGCAGUCGCAGCAGCAGCAGCAGCAGCAGCAGCAGCCACAGCAGCAGCAACAGCAGCCGCCGCAGCCACCACAGCAACAGCAGCAGCCACCACAACCCCAAGCACAGCCUCCCCAACAGCAGUCGUCCCAGCCAACCCAACAACAUCCUAGCUACCCUAACUACACUGCUGCUGCAGUUUCUGCUACUCAUCCUGGACCAUAUCAGCAGUACCGAGGUCAGCAUUAUGUUGGUGGUGGAUCAGACACGAGUGGGGGUCCUCCUCGGAGUACUAUGGUCCCCACCAGUAUGCCUGGGGUACCUACUACUGUGCCCAGUAUACCACAGUCUCAGCCAUCACAGUACUAUCCAGGCUUCCAGUACCAAGGGUAUAGUGUACCGAGCGGCCAGCCCGGUGGGUUCAGUCAGCAGUACCCAUCAGCUCAGCAGUUCCCAGCUAGUUACCCCACCCAGUCUGUCCCUCAUAGUUCUGGUGCCACUCCAACCGUACCUUCCCAACCUACACAGCCAGGCCCUCCUUCCGGACCACGACCUCCAGUCAGGUAUCCCAGUCAAGCAACCCCUGGCUACCAUACCUGGACUCCACAGUAAUCGGGGCUAUUAUUGUACAAGACUUACCUCAAAUGCCAAGCUGAAAGUUGGAUGCAAACUUACAUUCUUUGUAUGGGAUUAAGAAAAAAAUCAUUGCUGAUGUUUCAAAAAUAUUUCUUAAACUAAAAUGACAUUAAUUCACACACAACAAAAAUUGGUUUUAUAUUGAGAAAGAUGGUUGUGAAAUUUUCUAAUAAUAACAAAAAUAAUUAUGGUGGCAUCUUUAUUACAGCAAAUGUAAUCUUGUAAAAUUAUACUGUGUGUGUGUGCUAAAUUUAUCUAAAAUCAUAACUUGUGUUAAAAGACAUCAUACUUCUAAAGUUAUUUUUGGUAAGAUUUUCUUCUACUGAUACAACUGGCUUGAGUUGUUACCCAUAUUCUCCCUGAUAAUUUGAUUUUGACCAAUAAAUUGCUUCAUUUUUAUUCAUAACUUGAAAGAUGGAUUUUUUUUACUUUUGUAUUUCCUAAGCUUUAGGCCAGAUUAUUACUAGCAGAAUGGUGCCAAAAGUAAAUGAUAGCAAUAGUUAUGAUUCAUAUUGAUAUUUUAGCUCUGAAUUUAAAGCCUGUCUUUUUUUAAAAUCUAGUUCUAUAAUUAGUUCUAAAAAAAUUUUGAGUACUUGUGCUAACGCUACACUAGUGAUCAGUAAGCUGAAUAUUUAAAUGAUUUGCAAACAUUAUGGAAUUAUCAAAUUUUGUAGGUUUUUCUAUUUACUGUAAUGUGUAAUGAAUGGUAUUAUAAUUUCUUAGUAAUUUGGUGGUAAAAAUUGUAAAGGGAAGGAAAUCCACUGUGAUCUAGUGUAGCCAAUUGUAGCCUAAUAUAAUAUAUUAUUUGGGCAAGUAAUUUUUAAUAGAGCUUAUAUUUUAUAAUACAGUCUGCAUAAGCUGAUUAACAUGGACAAUAGGAUCAAAUAGCUCCAAAGAUUCACAAAGUGUGCAUAUAUAUAACUACACAUAUUAGUAAUCAUCAGUGAAGUUAAUUUUGUUUAGUAACUAGCACAGUGUUUUUAGUUGCCUGCGUGUAUCUGUAAUGCUGUUAUUGGAAUUACUGUCCAAUUAGUUAUUGGAGUUUCUUAAGGUAUAAAUUUAAUACACUUGUUUAAGGCUUGUGGGUUUGCAAGGUUGAAUACUGUACCUCAACACCCCCAAAUACACUUGUAAAUAAAAAUAAUUUUUUAUAAAGUGUGCUACUUGUGCAUGAACAGUAUUGGAGUGCAUUCAGAAUCUUCAUAAUGCAUAACUGCUAACCAGCUUGUAUUCUUUCGGUGCUUGAAGUACAAGUGGUAAACAUUUUUCUGAAGAAUUCUGCAUCAUUGACUCCCAGAUGACUGGAGGAAAAACCAUAUAUUUGUCUUGUGUAUAUAGUCAUUUUAAUUAUUUUCAUACACUGUAGAUAUAAUACUUAUUAAAAAUAUAAUUUGUAUGUUCAUUAUAAUGUGUGUAGAAAAAAAUUGCCAUUUUUGCAUGCUGCUUACCAUAUAUUGCAUACAUAUUUAAUGAGCAGUCUUGCAAAGUAAUGUUAAUUACUUUUUUCAUUUGGUGUACUGUUGUAAUUGUUUUAGAACUGGCAAUACUUGUGGUUGACUUACAGUAUUGGCUUAAAAAAUUGUCUUGUGUCUUGAAACAUGAAAGGGUGGUGGUUGUGUUCGAGCUUCGGAGUAGUGUCCAGUUGUCUCUGUGAAAAGACAUUUAUAAGGAGUGUAAAGUCAAAUAUUUUAUGUAGAAUUCAGAAAUUGAUACUGUAAUGCUGUUAAAAAUUAGUUUCUUUUUGGUAAAGUAGUUUUAAGCAUCAUUUCAAAGGCUAUUAUCAGAAGUGGUCAAGUUUUAACUAAAUGGUAAAUAAUCUUCACAAAUUGAUUACUAGUAUCCCAGAAUGGUUCUUUAUUUUUAAGGGUUGCUUUUGGUUCCCAGCGAGGUGCGAGUUCACACAAGAUAUGUAAUGAGGCAAGUGUGGAGGGAACAUGGUUGUAUCUAAAUGUGUUAUGGACAUAUUAAUAUUUUGAUAGCAUUUGAUAUAUGUUCAUUAUAGAAACUGAAACAUUAAGCAUUAGUUCAAGGAUUUAUAUGUGAAUCUGUAAAUAAUUUGUAUUAUGCAUUAUUUACUUUUUAAUAGUGAACAAAAAUUUGAAAUUUAUAUUUUAAGUUUAUUAAAUAUAUUUCAUCACA